UCAUGCUCGCUGCGGGGGUCGGAGGUCAGGGCGAGCGUCUCCCGGGCCGAAGGAGAAAGAUGGCGGUGGAAUCGCGCGUUACCCAGGAAGAAAUUAAGAAGGAGCCAGAGAAACCGAUCGACCGCGAGAAGACGUGCCCGCUGUUGCUGCGAGUCUUCACCACCAAUAACGGCCGCCACCACAGGAUGGAUGAGUUCUCCCGCGGAAACGUGCCCUCGAGCGAGCUGCAGAUCUACACUUGGAUGGAUGCAACCUUGAAAGAACUGACUAGCUUGGUAAAAGAAGUCUACCCAGAAGCUAGAAAGAAGGGCACACACUUCAAUUUCGCCAUUGUUUUUAUGGAUCUUAAAAGACCUGGCUAUCGAGUUAAGGAGAUUGGCAGCACCAUGUCUGGCAGAAAGGGAACUGAUGAUUCCAUGACCCUGCAGUCACAGAAGUUCCAAAUAGGUGAUUAUCUGGACAUAGCAAUCACCCCUCCAAAUCGAGCACCACCUCCUUCGGGGCGAAUGAGACCAUAUUAAAUUCUAUUUACUUUCUUGAAUUUAUUUUUCAACCAAUUGUGUAAAAUAAACCUACAUAUUCUUUUUUCCUCCCCUGGUCCUUGCCAUUAAGCCUUUAAAUUUACAACAAAUUGUAAUGCAUCUAUUUAGGAAUUAGAGUUGGAUGUACUUUGGUAUAUAAUAGAAAGUCCAUAUGUUUCAAGCACUUUGUAAAAUAUGAAGAAAAGUGCUCUUAGCAUUCUGUGUAAAACUGUUGUGAAAUAUAUGUGUGCAAUUGGC